AUGUCUUUCUACACUUCAGUACCUGUAUGCGACUUGAUGGGUACUACAAUACUGCACCAACUUCUGCUAUUGUUCCUGUCAGAUUGCUUCGACAAGGUUUUUUUUUUAUAUACAUGGCUAAUAUCUACUGCUGAUACAGGUGGUGAUACAGUUAAAUGUCGAUGGGCUAGUGCGACCGCCACAGUACCAAAUGGUGUAGUCGCUGAUAAAUGUGUUGGAAUUUGUAAUACUUUUCCUAGAGCAACGCUUAUCACAGAUAAUUGCACGAUGUCAUACACAGCAUCAGCCGUUGGCUUUUGGGCUGUUAGUUUGAUGAUGGAAGACUAUGAAUUUACUUGGAAAAAAAACUUCUUGUCGGCCACAUUUUUACAAUUUCUGGUUCAAGUCUACACAUCGAGUAGUACUUGCAUCGUUGGACCAGCAUACACAGGAAAUCAUCCAGUUGGUGCUUGUGUUGGUUGUACAGGUGUAACACUUUUAGAUGUGCUCACAGCUUCACCUCCUGGUAUGACUCGUGACGUAAUCACUCAAUUAACCACCAAUGCAUUAGUCUAUUCAAUAACAAUGACAUGGAUACCACCAGCAUAUGUUUGGAGUGAGUAUUUUUUUCUUAGCCGAAAUAAAUAA